AUGAAUAAGGUUUUUAAGAAUCUUAUCGGGCUUACCAUGGAAGUCUAUGUAGAUGACAUACUAGUAAAGAGUCUCGAGAAAUCUCAGCAUAUCUCGGAUUUGGAAGAAUGUUUCUGCCUCCUUCGAUCUUACAACAUGCGCCUCAACCCCUCCAAAUGUGCAUUUCGGGUUGCCUUAGGAAAAUUUUUGGGGUUCAUGGUUACCCAUCGAGGGAUUGAGGCCAACCCGGAGAAGAUCAAGGCCCUAAGAGACAUGCUACCCCCAAGAAAUAUCAAAGAAGUCCAGAGAUUGAACGGAAGGAUUGCAGCACUCUCUCAAUUUCUGGCUCGAUCAGGAGACAAAUAUUUUCCUUUCUUCAAGGUUCUCAGAGGUGCUCGAAGCUUAGGGUUCCAAUGGACCGAUAAAUGCCAAGAGGCUUACGAACAACUCCGGGCUUACCUAGCCUCGCCGCCACUACUCUCGAAACCAAUUCCAUGGGAAAUUUUAUAUAUGUAUAUGGUCGUCUCCUCCCAGGCUAUAAGUUCGGUCUUGGUUCAGGUAGAGGAUACGAUUCAACACCCAGUCUAUUACAUUAGCAAGAUACUUUCAGAGACUGAGACACGUUAUCCAUUGGCAGACAAAAUAGCCUUAAAAGCCACACUCGAAUACGAGCUUAGACUGAAGUUACCAGCAACAAACAACAUUGCUGAAUAUGAAGCUUUAAUCGCUGGAUUAAGAUUGGCAAUCGAUUGCGAAGUCCAGGACUUAGUGGUUCACACUGAUUCCCAGCUGGUUGCCUCUCAGGCGAACUAUGCACUUCAAAAAGUACCGUCAGGCAUCUGUGGAGAACAUUUGGGCGGAAGAGCAUUAGCCCAAAAGGUCCUGAGGCAAGGAAUUUACUGGACGACGAUAAAGCAGGACGCAUUAGAGCUUGUACGAAAAUGUAACCGUUUCCAGUUACAUGCCAACCUCACUCAUCUACCUGCCAUUAAAAUCUCGACAUUACAGAGUCCCUGGCCUUUUGCCCAAUGGGGGAUUGACAUAAUGAGACCAUUUCUUAUAGCCACGGGACAGCGGAAGUUCAUCAUAUUGGCCGUUGACUAUUUCACAAAAUGGGUAGAAGCAGAACCACUGGCAAAAAUCACUGAAACAAAUGCCAAACAGUUUCUGUGGAAGAACAUAAUAUGUCGCUUUGGCAUUCCUGCAAAAGUUAUCACUGAUAAUGGAUCACAGUUCACCGGAAGGGUCUUCACCGCAUUUUGUAAAGAUCUCCACAUUCAACUAGUACACACGGCUGUGGCCCAUCAUCAGACUAAUGGACAGACAAAGGUCACUAAUCGAACCAUUUUGAGAGGAUUGAAGACACGGUUGGAUAAGGCUGGGGGGCAAUGGGCUGAUGAGCUCCCAAAUGUCCUUUGGGCCUAUCGUACUACAGCGAAGACUCCAACAGGAGAGACGCCGUAUAACCUCUGCUUUGGCACAGAGGCUGUCAUUCCCGUCGACAUUGGAGUUCCAAGUCACAGAGUAUAA